ACACCUGUCGCCCCCACCCCCAAUCUAUUCUAUUCAACUCGGUCCAGCGCGUGCAGCUGCCAACUGACGGCAUUACGUUACACCCGCGCGACCCCGCGACCUCACUGAGCACACAACUCAACAGACGCGACGAUAAACCGGCUUACACUGUAAGAUGAACAGCCAGUCCCGUCCGGUCCCCACACAAUAAAAGAAAAGCAAACACAGCGUCACCGUCCGCCGCUUUCCACCGAGAUGGCUCCAGUGCUCCCGCUAGGGAAGAACGGCUUCGGAGUGGACGAGGAUGAUCUCUAUGCCAUCAAAGGUGACAGAAAGACGCGCAAACCUUUAGUGGAGAAGAAGAGACGAGCGCGCAUCAAUGAAAGCCUGCAGGAGCUUAGGACACUACUGGCAGAAAACGAUCUGCAGACGAAAAUGGAGAACGCAGAGGUGCUGGAAUUAACAGUGAAGCAUGUCGAGAACAUCUUACAGAACCGUUCUCAGGAGGCUGAAACGAUGAAUCACGAGGCCAGUGAGAGAUUUGCCGCAGGUUACAUCCAGUGCAUGCAUGAGGUGCACACCUUUGUGUCCACGUGCCCGGGCAUCGAUGCCACCGUGGCCGCAGAGCUGCUCAACCACCUGCUGGAGUGCAUGCCGUUAAAUGAGGAUCACAUUCAGGAGAUGAUCGUGGAUCUAUUAUCAGAGCCCCACACCUCCGGCGGACAAUGGGCAGCCGAGGCACCGAGUCCAGGAGACUGCAGCGUGUCUUCUGUUCUGUCCCCGUCUCCAUCUAACCCAUCCAGUGACGAUCUCUGCUCCGAUCUGGAGGAGACGGAAAUGGAAGGGAGCCCGGCAUCAGCCGAGGACAGCCUGAACUCCUCCAACAUCACACAUUCCAAGUUCAUGUGGAGGCCUUGGUAGAAAGGAGCGUGGAUCUUACAUUUUUUUAAACGACUGACUGAUUCCAUCUAUGGAAAUCUAUUCGCGGGAGAAAUUAGGAUCUGAUAUGCUGGGAUGUUGCAUCAUAUAAUGGAUCAGUAUGGAAUACAUGCAUAUGGUGAUUUUGAUCUCUUGGAUAACUACAUAAACAUACCUGACUUUUCAAUGUUAUUUUUUUUAAAGGAAUGGUAUGUCUUAAAGCUCUUUUUGAAAGCGACUUCUAGAUUCAAUUGUCUUUAGAAGUGUAGUGCGGUAUACUAUAGAGACAAGUGAAAAUGGUUUGGUAGAAGACGAUUGUUUCUUUGUAGACCUAGACUUAUGCACUAGAAAGUCACAGAUAUUGUUGCAUAGAUUAAGCUUAAAACUGGCCUUUAUUAGUAUUAAUAAAAUGUUUUGAAUUAUAUGUACUUAUAAACAAUAAAACAUAAUUUAAUUGUAUUAUUAAUAA